UCCUUACCAGCUGUUUGAUAGCUGUCUCAACAAUCUCCCCAUGUGAUGGCUUCUUAAUACCCCCACCAUACGAUCCCUUCUUUAAUUUGUCAAUUCAUAUCAUUGCAGACAAAUUUUAAUUCCUUUGCUUCGUAGUGAGACAAAUAAUCAAACUAAUAGAUAUAUGUUCAUGAGACAUUGUCUAUAUGAUAAUUAAUGAUAUGAACAUCCCCUCAUGUUUGUAUCUUCUCUUCUAAAGCCUUAUCCUUUUCAUUUCACAUUCUAAAAACACCCUUCCAAUAAGUUUUGAGUUUCUUUGAUCGGAUAAGAUAGUCCUUCCUUCAGGCAAGCAAUCAAACCUGACACGUCUAAUUUCAAGUCGAUCAACAACUGUCAGAUUCUACACUGAUGUAAAAUCAUCUUUCAUUCGGUAAGAAAUUCUUUCUCUUUAACACAAGAAUUCUCAUACUUCCAUAAUUUUCUUUUCAUAGUUGUGGAACUAGUUUUGUUGUUUUCUUGAAAUUCCAUCCACUUUGACCCACAAAAAGAAAGAAAGAAAUGGCACACUUACCACCAAGAGCGCCUAACAUGACACCAAAUUGGCCUGAUUUUUCGCUUCAUCAAAAAAUUGAAAACUUAGCUCCGUCCCCCCAUAAUUUAUGGGCGGACGAAUUCCUCGACUCAUCAUCGAGGCGCGGGUCCCACCGGAGAUCCAUGAGCGACUCCAUUGCAUUCUUGGAGUCGCCCAUGGUGGAAGAAUGUCGUAGGCUAUCCAGUACUACUCCAGGGUCCAGUGGGACAACUAACGGUCACGAGGAAUUCGAGAGGUUUGAUGACGAGCAACAAAUCAUGUCCAUGUUCAACGACGACAUAAACGACAUGUCCUGCUCGAAUCCAUCAUCACCUUCAGAUUAUAUCAACGUUAAUGAAGAUAAAAAGAUCAACGGCCCUGAUCAGUUGAUGCAGCAUCUUAAGAGUGAUCAAAAUGAGGAAAUUCAAAGUUCAUGCAAGACUAAUGAGGAAUUAGCACCAGCUAAUCAGAAUGCAAGUACUAAUAAUGAAUGUUCUUCUGAAAGGGUGGUUGAUCCAAAGAGAAUUAAAAGGAUAUUGGCAAACAGACAAUCAGCACAAAGGUCGCGGGUGAGGAAACUGCAGUACGUUUCAGAGCUCGAACGUAGUGUUACUACUCUUCAAGCUGAAGUUUCUGUACUGUCACCAAGGGUUGCUUUCCUGGACCACCAACGUUUGUUGCUAAAUGUUGAUAACAGUGCCCUCAGACAAAAAAUUGCAGCUCUUGCACAAGAUAAAUUGUUUAAAGAUGCUCAUCAAGAAGCAUUGAAAGUGGAAAUAGAGAGGCUGAGGCAAAUUUAUUACCAACAGCAGAUGGACAACACCACUGCACCAGUUGCUGAUUCCACUACUGCUCCUCCUGAGAUCAAAGUACAGCUUAGAGUCAAUUAGAAGAAAUACUACAGUGCAGGAAAACUAGACUAUCUGAUGCAAGAGGAGGGAGCAUUUAGUAAAUUCAUGUGGGAAAAUCUCCUUUUUAUCGGGGGAUCUGACAAGAUAAGAUCACUGAAUUGAUCUCUCAUAUCAUGAUGGACCCUAAGAAUUUUUUUUUUAACACUAUUUAGUCAUUGGUGGUCUUUAUUUUCCCCCUUUUAAAUGUUUAUUUCAUUGUAAUUCUUUCAACCGCAUACAAGAAAUAUUGUAUUAUUGGAAGGACAAGUGGAAUUUUGUUUUGGGAUUUGAACAAUGUAUUUAACAAUUAACGCUU